UUUGGUACCAUCUAAUUUGCAGAGCGAUGGUGUCAACCAACGUUCUCAAAGGUGGUGGCGCGCUCCUCCUUUCCCGCUGCAGUCGUGGCGCCGGUGGUGGUUCCGGUGGCCAUCGUCCGCCGCUUCCUGCCUCCUUUCUCUCUUGUUAUUCCCGCGUAAAGGCAGUUAACUGGAAUGGGGUUGGGAUUUCGAUGGUACUCUCGCUUUCGCAUUCCCCUUCUUUGCCAAGAAGAGUGUUUUGUACGACCUCUCAGAAUGUUGCAGUUGAUUCUUCAUCUGUCCCAGAAACGUCGUCGUCUUCAUCUUCUAGUGUUGGUGAUGGUGAUGAUAUAGGAAUGAUUAAGGAUGCGGCGAACAGUCUGGACAUUAGGGUUGGACACAUUCUCAAAGCCUGGAGACAUCCGGAAGCUGAUUCCCUCUACGUCGAAGAGGUGGAUGUGGGUGAGCCCCAACCCAGAAUCAUCUGCAGUGGCCUUGUCAAUUAUAUCCCUCUUGACCAUCUCCAGGACAAGAAGGUAAUCGUUCUUGCUAAUUUGAAGCCAAGAAAUAUGCGUGGUAUCAAGUCAUACGGAAUGCUUAUGGCUGCUUCUGAUGCUUCACAUGAGAAUGUUGAGCUUCUAGUGCCUCCUGAAGGUUCAGUUACAGGUGAAAGAGUAUGGUUUGGUUCUGAAGAUGAAAAAGAGAAUCUACCUGAGGCUGCCUCACCUAACCAGAUUCAGAAGAAAAAGAUCUGGGAAUUGGUGCAGCCUCAUCUAAAAACAGAUGAUUCUUGUGCUGCUGCACUUAACAUGCAUUUCAUGCGAACAUCUGCAGGUGUGGUGGUAUCCGGAUCCUUGAAGAAUGCAAAUAUAUCGUGAUCAAACUGAACUUCAUGCUAUUUUUGCGACUUUGUACCUCGUCAGACAAAAUUCUCUUCUUUUUAUCUCCAAUUGACAUCAUGUCUAACUUUCUAUUAGUGCAUUAAUUUCUUAUUCUAUCUUUUCUUAAUAUUGUCACCUUGAUUUCAACAUUUUUAGCUACGGUUUUCUAAACAUGUGUGAUUAAGAUAACCGAUUUUAUCGAUGACUUUUCAAGUUUUCUUAUAAA